UCAGCAUUAUAGUGGAGACCGGGGCUAGUUGUCACACUUUUUUUACUCCAGUGAAUGUUUCUUAGGUUAGGUUGGAGUCAUUGAACAUGUCCAUCAUUAUUUUCCAGGGGUAAGAUAUAGUUGUUUUAGCUCACGUUGAUCAUUUGAGACAGUGGGGCAUGUUGUCACACCAUAUGGGAGUAAAGAACUGAGCAGCUUGCUGUCAGUCCACAGGCAGGAAGGAUAAUGGCCCUGAGUGAGGGGUCCGAUGACCUCCGGACCCUCAGCAAUGGUGGACCCUCAACAGGUGCCAGCGAAAAAAGUUACCCAAACACCAACGAAAACUCGGAGGAAGACCUGGGAGUGUCUCCAUCCAAAAGGGUCCCCGCACAUCCUGAUGAUGAACAAAUCCAGCCGCAGUGGUCGGGUCGAAACGGUGGGCUUAAAACGAAUGGAACUGUACGUCAGUCGUCAUCAUGCUCCACCUCUUCCUCGUCCUCAAUGCAUGGCACAGACUCUCAGCGGCUAGCCGUACUGUUACCCAACUCUCUGCCACCCCAUUGUUGCGCUUGCUGCACCCUGUGCCAGCCCAUCUGCUGCAACGGGAACCAGCAGGAUUGUGCCCUCUUUCAGAGCGCUGUGCCAUCCGCAGCGCUUCCCAUGGGCUUGUGUGGCGUGCAAGGCAUCCGCUGUUUCUGCAUGCAGCACCAAUGGCAGGAGCAUCUGCAGAACCAACCCAAUAUGACCACACUGAGCCCUCCAAGGCCCUUUCGGUUUCCCAAAAGUUAUGCUGAGCUCAUUGCUGAUUGGCCGGUGGUGGUGUUGGGGGUGUGUACUCUGCUAAUCGUGGUUUGUGCUCUGGUCGGUAUCCUGGUGCCCGACCUGCCGGACUUCUCAAAUCCACUGCAGGGUUUUGAACCAAGAGGCACUGCAAUAGGCCAACGACUUGUAACAUGGAAUAACAUGGUGAAAAACACAGGAUACAAAGCAACACUGGCCAACUACCCAUUCAAAUACGCAGAUGAGCAGGCCAAAAGUCACCAAGACGGCCGUUGGUCAGAGGACCACUAUGACAGAAAGAAAAGGCAAGCCGAGUGGGAUUUCAGUAAAGACAGUUUCUUCUGUGAUGUACCGGGUGACAGUUAUUCCAGAAUCGUCUUUGCCUCUGCGGAGGGGAAGAACUUGUGGAAUAUACAGGCCAUACAAUCCAUGUGCAAUUUUGACAAUACACGGGUUCGUUCUCAUCCGCAGUACCUGGAUUUGUGUCAGCGCACCACUGCUGCCUCCUGCUGUCCAAGCUGGACGCUUGGGAAUUAUAUAGCCGUCCUCACAAACAAGUCUUCCUGCCAAAAGAUCACAGAGCGAGAUGUUUCCCAUACCCUAAAGAUCCUGCGAUCCUGUGCCAAGUAUUACCACAACGGCACCCUUGGCCCCGAGUGCUGGGACAUGAACACCCGCAAGAAGGACCUGAAGUGUGGCAACGUGCCUCGAAAGUGUACAAAAUACAAUGCUGUGUAUCAGAUCUUUCACUUUUUGGUGGACAAAGACUUCCUGAAUCCAAAGAACACAGACUACCUUCCACUGAACCUGAAAUAUAGCAUGCUGUUCUCUCCAACCGAGAAAGGAGAAACAAUGAUGAACAUUUACUUGGACAAGUUUGAGAACUGGAACUCAUCGGAUGGGAUCACAACCAUCACGGGAAUCGAAUUUGGCAUCAAACAUAACUUGUUUCAGGACUAUCUACUAACGGAUACCAUGUAUCCCGCAAUAGCUAUCAUAAUAGUGUUAGUAGUCAUGUGUGUCUACACCAGAUCAAUGUUUAUCACCCUUAUGACCAUGUUUGCCAUCAUCAGUUCGCUAAUCGUUUCAUACUUUCUGUACCGCGUAGUCUUCAGCUUUGACUUCUUCCCCUUUAUGAAUCUGACCGCACUCAUCAUACUAGUGGGAAUUGGUGCUGAUGAUGCAUUCGUCCUCUGCGACGUAUGGAACUACACAAAGUUUGACAAGCCCAACUCGGAGCUCUCUGAAACCGUUAGUGUCACGCUUCAGCAUGCAGCGCUUUCGAUGUUUGUGACCAGUUUCACGACGGCUGCUGCCUUCUAUGCCAACUACGUGAGCAACAUCACUGCCAUUCGCUGCUUCGGCGUGUACGCUGGUACUGCUAUCUUGGUAAACUACAUACUGAUGGUCACCUGGCUGCCAGCUGUGGUGGUCCUGCAUGAGCGAUACCUGGUCAACCUCUUCACCUGCUCAAGGUCUCAACACCAGCAGACAUACAGCACCACAACAUUUUGGAAAAACCUGUGCCAGACAGUCAACAAGUGUCUUUUUGCCAUUUCAGAGGCCUCGCGGAUUUUCUUCGAAAAAGUAUUGCCUUGUGUCGUGAUCAAAUUGCGCUACUUGUGGCUAUUGUGGUUCUUAGCCAUGACGGUGGGUGGUGCUUAUGUAGUAUGUGUGAACCCAAAAAUGAAACUUCCAUCUCUCGAACUGUCCGAAUUUCAAGUAUUCCGGUCCUCGCAUCCCUUCGAACGCUACGAUGCAGAGUACAAAAAACUUUUCAUGUUUGAACGCGUCAACCACGGAGAAGACCUCCACAUGCCGAUCACCAUCAUUUGGGGAGUAACUCCGGUUGACAACGGAGAUCCCCUGAACCCCAAAAACAAGGGUAAACUAACUCUUGACACAACCUUCAACAUCGCAAGUCCUGCCAGUCAGGUGUGGAUUCUAAAUUUUUGCCAGAAGCUGAGAAACCAAAGCUUUGUUUUCCAAUCUGAGGAGCAAGACUUUACCAGCUGCUUCAUGGAGACCUUCAAGCAGUGGAUGGAUAACCAAGACUGUGAUGAAGCUCCAGUCUAUCCCUGUUGUAGUCAGUCUACGUUCCCUUACAAACAAGAUGUCUUCGAGUUGUGCAUCAAACGGGCCAUAAUGGAGCUUGACCGAAGCACCAUCUACCACCUCGACAGCAAGACGCCAGGGCCGAGGUUUGACAUCAAUGACACAAUUAGAGCAAUUGUACUCGAGUUUCAAAGUACCUACCAUUUCACAUUGGCUUAUGAGAAGAUGCAUCAGUUUUACAAAGAAGUGGACACCUGGAUUGAGGAGGAACUGAGGGAGGCUCCUGAGGGACUCAGCUACGGAUGGUUUGUUAGCAACUUGGAAUUCUACGACCUUCAGGACAGCCUGUCGGAUGGCACUCUAAUUGCUAUGGCACUGUCUGUGGUGGUAGCCUUCAGUGUGAUGCUCCUGACCACCUGGAAUAUCAUCAUCAGCCUCUACGCCAUCAUCUCCAUUGCUGGAUCCAUAUUUGUCACGGUUGGAUCACUGGUGCUUCUGGGCUGGGAACUGAAUGUGCUUGAAUCGGUGACCAUUUCGGUUGCUGUAGGGCUAUCAGUGGACUUUGCCGUCCAUUACGGCGUAGCGUAUCGUCUUGCUCCAGAACCAGACCGAGAAGGGAAGGUGGUUUUCUCCUUGAGCAGGAUGGGCUCAGCUAUAGCCAUGGCAGCUCUCACCACCUUUGUAGCUGGUGCAAUGAUGAUGCCAUCUACAGUUCUGGCAUACACCCAACUCGGCACUUUCCUGAUGCUGAUCAUGUGCAUUAGUUGGGCCUUUGCGACAUUUUUCUUGCAAUGUAUGUGCCGUUGUCUUGGUCCUCAGGGUAAUUGUGGACAGAUUCCUUUGCCAAAGAAACUUCAGUGUUAUACCUUUGCAGAGCAUGUGCCUGAAACUCAGUCCAAUCAGAACCAAGGCAAGCUUUGCUACUCAAGUAAGUACCAGGUAGAUAACCCAAAAAUAGAGGGUGGACUUGAGCACUAUGAACUUGAACCCUUGGCGCUCAAUGUUAGAACUGAUGAAAAAGCCACCAUUGAGGAACUGCAACCAUGUACACAACUGCAAAAUGGAGUUUUGCAUCACGCAAGCUUGUGUGCACCCAACACUGACCUAAGAGAACCAAUACAAAAUCUUGAAAAUGGCUUACCAGAUACAGAACUUCAACAUAUUCAUCCGUACACAUACAGUAGAAGGUGCACAUGUGAAAACUCUACAUCUCUGUAUAUGAGGGACCGACAAAGGACAUACCAUCCAUGCAACCAAUCUGGAGAAUCCUCAUGUAAACAGUUAGUUACCAAUCAAUUAAAUUUGGGACACAAGCCUCAGUCCACACCGGACGAGACGCACACCGAAUGUUACAUGAACUGUAGCCACAUCCAUCAUUGCUCGCAGAGUCAAACAUCAAGGCAGGCCAAUCACAGAUAUUUUCCUGGUGGAUACAGCAUGCAUGCCAUGCAACUUCUGCAUCAGGAGUUGUUGUCAGAUAUGUCCGUGCAGGACGAGUCUCAUAUUAGGGCAUAUGGCCUGAAUUCGGCUUUACCGGAAAGCUUAAACUUUCCAGCUCACAUUCAGUGUUGUGCAACAACGGACUCAACUAAAGUCUGUAGACUUAAUCAUGAUAAAGUGGACCAAGUGUUAAGUUCUCGAAGCCCUCAAAAAAUACCAUGGAACCAUGUAAAGACGAAAGUAAAUGGCACUUGUGUUUUGAUUCAGGACAGUCGUGAGACUCAAGAACAUCUUCCAGCCGUGCCAGAAGAAAGUGCCAAAUGCAAUCAGAAAAACAAAGACAAUAACGAGAGGGCAGAGCCUGUCUCACCUAAAAAAUUUAGCUGUUUUAAGAAGACUGUAAAAGCUAAGUGCAAUUCUGUAGAAUAUCACAAGCCAAAAACCAGCGUGCCUACUAUUGCCAUUCAUUCAAAAGCCUCAUCUGAGAGUAUAUGUUAGUGUUCAA